AACCAACGCUGCAUUUCCAGAGAGUCACUGAUAAGUAUAUGACUGAUCCGCGUCGACGCCGAUAACAUUGAGCUCAGGGUUAAUGGAGAUACUUUUCCUGACCUCGAGGCUCGCACGCCCACUACCAACUCCGUCUCAUACGGCAUUUGAAGUCGAACAUCGCUUUUCAUCUACUAACCAUCACAAACCCCGUUCCAGUGUCAAGUGUAAAUUCGAUCAUAAAGACCUCGCAUGAACCAACGCAAAGAUGUACAUCCCCUCAUUCUCAACAGCACUCGCAGAUUCUGCCUUUCCAUUCAACUGGAUUCAUGACGUCAUGCGUGCAUUCGUCAUAUAUCUAGUCGCGUUCUUUGCAGCUAGUAGUUCGCCGGCCGUUGAGGCCCAAGGUGGUAGCAGCAGCAGUGGGGAGUAUCUCAUCGGGCUCGGUAUUGGAGAUGUUACUGGGUACGGUUACGCGUCCCUCCCACAAACAGACACAGGCCUUCACAUGCGCCAGCGCAGCCGCGCGUUUAUCGUUGCCGACGCUUCCAACCCCUCUGCUCGUGUUCUCUUCAUUAAUUCUGACAUCUGCAUGGGCGACACCGGCAUCCGACGAGCCCUUCUCUCUUCCCUUGCAUCGCUCUACGGAGAUCUCUACACGCCCUCCAACACCGCCCUUGUCGGAACUCAUGCCCAUAGCGGUGUUGGCGGCUAUCUCGAGAACCUCCUCCCACAAGUCACCUCCCUUGGAUACAUCAACGCUACCGCAACCGCCAUCAUCUCCGGUACUCUCAAAGCCAUCGCAGCUGCGCACAACUCACUCAUGCCGGGAAAUCUGAAGCUGGGAAAUACGACGCUGCACAAUGCGAACCGGAAUCGGAGCCCAAGUGCGUACUUGGCAAAUCCGGAGUGGGAGAGGGCGAUGUAUGAAGGGGAUCAAGACCGGACGGUGACGGUACUUGGUUUUGAAAACGCAAACGGAGGUGCGAGGGGACUGCUGAGCUUUUUCCCGGUGCAUGGGACAAGCUUGUAUGAGAACAACACCUUGGUGAGCGGUGACAACAAGGGUAUGGCAGCGGGGAUGUAUGAAUCAUACAUCGAACCGUCCUCGAUGCCUGGCAACAACUCCUUUGUUGCAGGGUUCGUCCAAUCCAACGUGGGUGACACAACCCCGAAUACCCUGGGCGCCUACUGCGAGUCACCCGGAAAACCAUGGGAUGGUCAACCUUGCGAGUUCGAGCACUCGACAUGCGGUAACCGAACCGAGGACUGGGUCCCUGGCUUCCGCAUUUCAGAUUUUGAGUCCAAUAGGAUCAUUGGGCAGGCGCAGUUUGAAGCUGCACGGACCGUGAUGGAGGGCAACAAUAUGACCUUGGUGAGCGGGAGUGUGAAGAGCGUGCAUGUUUAUCUCGAUAUGACGAAUUACACGUUUGCGUUGCCGAACGGGACGCUUGCGAGGACAUGCCCACCUGCUCUUGGUUACUCUUUUGCGGGCGGAACCACUGAUGGUCCCGGCGCCUUUGACUUCAUCCAAGGGUCCAACUCCUCCCACUCCCAAAACCCCUUCUGGGAAAUCGUCAAAAAGUUCAUCACCCCAACCCCGUCAGAAGAGCAAAUUGCUUGUCAGCACCCGAAGCCCAUAUUACUAAAUUCGGGGCAUGCCCAUGAGCCAUACGAAUGGUCGCCCGGGACGGUGGACGUGCAGAUGUUGAGGGUGGGGCAGUUCGUGAUACUUGUGAUGCCAGGGGAGUUGACGACUAUGGCGGGGAGGAGGAUGAGGGAGGCACUGAGGGCGAAGCUGAUUUCGGAGGGUGUUCUGGACGAGAGGGCAUAUGUGGUGGUUGCAGGUCCUGCAAACACGUACGGACAUUAUGUUACGACGCGCGAGGAGUAUGGUGUGCAGCGAUACGAAGGUGCAAGCACAUUAUAUGGACCUACCACGCUCGAUGCAUAUAUCAACAGAUACAGCGAGCUUGUUCCAUAUCUCGCGGAUAAUGCCACUGGGGCACCGUCAUCACAUGCAGCUCCUCUGGAACAGACGAGUAAGGCGAUCUCGUUACAGAAAUCGGUGAUUACGUCCCUCGUCGAUGUCAGGAGUAGUGCAUAUCAUAUGGGAGAUACUGUAGCUGUGCGAUUCGUCGGGGCUAACCCACGGAAUAACCUGAGGCUAGAGGGAACGUUCUUCACCAUCGAGCAACAAGUGAAGGGUGAGUGGGUGGUAGUGAAAACAGAUUCGCAUCCCUCGACGACGUACCAGUGGGAUCGGACGAGCACGGUGCUCGGCACGAGUACAGUCGAUGUUCGAUGGACCAUCGAGGAUGGAACCCCAGCAGGAACAUACAAAAUAACGUACUACGGUGAUGCAAAGUCGAUCCUGGGCCGUAUAUCGGCGUUCACGGGUGAUUCUUCGACAUUUACUGUGGGAUGAAUCUGCAGAUCGGAUUGAUGUGGUGCAUUGGCUUUGACUUACUUUCGUUAUGGGACUCCGCUUGUCAUACAUGGACUUGUUUUCCUUUUUCCGCGUUCACAUGUAUGAACAUAUUCUCGCCAAACACGAUUGCAGCACUAUUUUCGUUCAACACCCUCCACACCCCGGUAACAUAUUGAUUCUGCUACUAGUGCGAAAAUAAUUUCCAGUUGACUUCAAGAGACUCUAAUCUAGGGGGGAAUCAUUAUUACGGGAACUAGCUUUCUGAGCCUGCUUCGCGAAGGAGCGCUUCUCGCUGUGGUGACAGACAGGUGACGACAUAGGGGAAUGGCUUGGGGUGU